CAGUCUGCGUGUACAUCAACCGAAACUGUUGGAUGAAUUGAAUGAAAUGACAAUAUCGAUAAUCGAUUAUUCCAUCGCGAGAACGAGACCAGUUCUUUUUCUAGCCGAUACUAGUGUUUAACCAAUUUCAAGUGAUAGACGUGCUGUAUUUUCUCAGGCAGUGUGCAAUCUACAGUGUGCAGGGAUGCUUAUUAUAAUAAUGUUAAUUAGAAUUAAUACGUUAAGUCCAUUUGUGGUUUUAAUAUAAAUUGUGCCAUGGUGUAUAUUAUCGUCAUUUCUAAUGGAAUCGUUACAAGGUGUCUGGCGAAUUCUUCUUGAAGAUUCUGCACUUAACAGAUACAGCACGAAAAAUUACAAUGGAAAUUAAACGACCGGAAGUGAAAUACAUAAUUACAACUAUAAACUUUAUGGCACUUGCAAUGCUACUUUCGCCAUCCGUCCAAAGUUAUUACCUUUCGCGCAGUCCCUACAGUCCAGAUGUAGCACAAAUUGAACCGCCACUAGCAGUGCCUUACAUUGAGGAAAGAAGUGACAGGCGUGACCAAGAGAAGACUACACCUGGAUACUGGCGACGGGACAGUGAUAUUCCAGCUAUACUGCAGAGUUCCUUGCUGCAAGUUGGAUAUGACGAUCUUACAGAAUAUACUGACGAUUAUGGGAACCUACUGCAAGACAUGCCUGCGAGUGGGGAGACAUACGAUGGUCGAGUAGUGGACACAUAUGCGGUUUCAAGUGAGCCACUUGUCGAUUUACCAACAGGAAUCCCAGAAUCGGAGAAACAAGUGCCCGGAGAACCAUUAACGCCCAAAGACUUCGAAAAUGCUGAAAACCUGGAAAUUCUUGUUCCGCCACAAGAUGAAGAUUCCCCAGAUCCUAUCCUAUCUGCUGGCCUCUUCGAGGGUGACAUUGCUGGUGUCAAUAUGUCUGAUUUCAAUUCAUUUGAGAAGAAUGCCAUCAGAGACUUAAGAAAGCGUUGGCCAGGAGGCAUAAUUCCUUAUGUAAUAUCAAGUUCUUUCAGCCUCUAUGAAAGGAGUGUGAUUGCUGCAGCUGUCCUUGACUUCCAUGCUUACACCUGCGUAAGGUUUGUCCCUCGUACAACUCAGUGGGACUAUGUACACCUCCUUAAAGGGUCUGGCUGCAGCAGUAUUGUUGGACAUUCUGGUGGUGGACAGCAAGUGUCACUAGGACCAGGGUGCUUGUACAAGGGCAUUGUGGAGCAUGAGCUGAUGCACGCUUGUGGUUUCUGGCAUGAGCAGAGUCGUGGAGACCGUGAUAAUUACGUUACAGUUCUCUGGAACAAUAUUAUGCCGGGAACAGAACAUAAUUUUCAAAAAUUUGGUUGGCGUGUGAUGCAGAGUCUUGGAGUUGCAUAUGAUACUGGAUCUCUGAUGCACUAUGGCAGAUAUGCUUUCUCCAAAGAUUAUCGUUCUCCUACCAUCAUACCUAGAAACCCUGCUGCAAAUAUUGGUCAGAGAAGAGGAUUCAGUGAGACUGAUCUGCUUAAAAUAAACAAACUCUAUGAGUGCCAGAAAGGAAUUGUAGUUCCUUCAGGUCCUAUAACAUCUAAACCUUAUGUCUGUUCUAACAACAAUAAACUGUGCCAGUACUGGGCCAAAGCUGGUGAAUGUACCAAGAACCCAGCAUGGAUGAAUGUGAACUGUGCAAAGUCCUGCAAGCUCUGUGAUUCAAAAUGUGGUAACUAUAAUAGAAACUGUGAAGAGUGGGCACGACUGGGAGAGUGUACAAAGAAUCCAGACUACAUGACUAUAUACUGUCCUCAGGCCUGCCACUCAUGUCGAUUAGGAACUGAUGAAGGUGCAGGGUGUAAAGAUCGGAACCGCUACUGUACAGCUUGGGCAAAAAAUGGACAGUGCAGAGCAAAUCCAGAUUACAUGCUCAGCUACUGCAGAAAAGCUUGUAAUCAGUGCUGACUUUAAUACAUGAAUUGUGUAUGACGGAGCACUGCGACAAAUAAAUGUAGAGUAGAAGGAAAUUAAUUUUCUGUAAUGACUGUCAUAA